AUGCCGCAGCCACAGCAAUACCCAAUCCUCGAGCGCGACAGCACUCUCGCGCAGCUUCCUGCGGAAUACCCCACUGAUACUCAGGACCAAAUCUCCGAGCUCCUCGCAACAUCCUCGAUCAACCGGCUAGUAGUACUGGAUGAUGAUCCCACUGGCACGCAGACCUGCCAUGAUAUCUCCGUACCAAUACUCCGGGCUUCUUCAUCCUCACGAAUUCGCGCGCAUUACCCCCCCACAGAAGCCGAGAAGCUGAUCCGCACAAUCUGCGAGAAAGUAGCCGAAGCAGCCAAGUCAACUGGAAACGAAAUCGACAUUGUGCUUCGCGGGGACUCCACAUUGCGCGGCCAUUUCCCCCUGGAACCGGACGUUGCGCAGUCCGUCCUCGGCGCGGCAGACGGGCUCGUCCUAGCUCCGUUUUUCUUCCAAGGAGGAAGAUUCACGAUCGAUGAUUUUGCGAAGGACGCUACCUUUGGUUUCACGAGCUCCAAUCUGCGCGACUAUGUCCUCGAGAAGGCGCCUGGGCGGUUCACUGCGGACCAAUUACGCUCGGUGACUAUUGAUGAGAUUCGCCGUGGUGGACCUCAGGCUGUCAGUGAGAAGCUGCUGGCUACUCCCUCUGGGGGUGUGGUUAUCGUGAAUGCGGCGGCGGAGUCGGAUAUGCAUGUCUUCGUGGCGGGGCUGUUAUUGGCGGAGUCCAAGGGGAAGCACUUCCUUUACCGCACUGCUGCGGCGUUUGUCUCGACAAGACUGGGGAUUCGCUCUAUUCCCCCGAUUUCCGCAGCACAGCUUCAGCUCCCUUCGCCUCGUCAAACAGGUGGUCUUAUCAUGGCCGGUUCCUAUGUGCCUAAGACAACCGCUCAACUCAAAUACCUGACCGACCACCGCGGGGGCACUGGGAAAUUGGCGAUUAUCGAAAUGAAGGUCGCAGAGCUAGUCCAGUCGCCCGAAACAGCAUCUCAAACCGUAGCAGGCGUGGUCAAGGAAGUCGAAGCGCAUCUACAAGCAGGCCAAGAUACGCUUGUGAUGACGAGCAGGAAGCUUAUUACGGGAGCUGAUGAGCUUUCUUCUUUGAAGAUAGGAUCGGUUGUUGCAGAGGCGCUCGUUGGUGUCUUGCAGCGCAUUGAGGUGAGACCGCGAUAUAUCAUAGCAAAGGGCGGCAUCACGUCUUCCGAUGCAGCAACGAAAGGCUUGAAUGUCAAGCGCGCUACCAUUGUUGGACAAGCGGCUCCUGGUGUACCUCUCUGGCGAUGCGACGAGCUGACCUCUCGCCACCGCGGUGUCCCUUUCGUUGUUUUCCCAGGCAACGUUGGGGGAGAGGCAACACUCUGCGAACUGGUCGAAGGAUGGUACUAG